AUGGCUUUCUUGAUACCACUCGCACUUGCUGGUGCAGCUCUUUCAGUAACCGCAGCGAAAGUGUACGCCCAUUUCAAUAAGCCACCUCCGAAUCCUCCUCCACCACCAAGUCCAGAAGUGACAGAAGAAAUCAUGAUACGAAGUGCACAAGAGAAAUUAGGAAUGGAUAUUGUCAAUCACUAUAAUAUUGCUAUAUGUGGUGGUAGUGGAUCAGGUAAAUCAAGUUUCAUCAACUGUAUUCGUGGUGUUGCAGAUGUCGAACUUUCAAGUGCAUUCAUUUACAUAGAUACAGGCUCUGCUCCAUCUGGCAUCAAUGAAACAACUCAAGCGCCAGCAUGUUAUCGUUGGCCAAACAAUGAAUUACCAUAUCUAAGUCUAUGGGAUCUUCCAGGUGGGGGCACACAAAAACAUCCAGCAGAGACCUAUUUCGAAGACAAGACUCUAUAUGCAUUCGAUUGUUUAUUGCUACUAAAAGCGGGUAGAUUUACAUCGUUAGAUGUUCAAAUCUUCAAGAAAGCUGUCGAAUAUAAAAUGCCAAUUGCAGUUGUGAUGACAAAAGCCGAUCAAGAUAUAAAUAAUCGAACAAAGACGAAGGCCAGAGAGUUAGGUCGGAAACUAACGAAAGAUGAAUACAAAAGUUUAAUUGAAGAAACAAUUCGAAUGUUGAAAAACAAUGCCAAAGAAGAAUUAAUAUCAGCCGGGUGUGCUGAACCUACACUAAACGCUAUGUUUGUAGUGUCAGCAAUCAGUUAUCGCGAUGAAAAAAUGAACUUACUGGAUGAUAAUGAUUGUCCUUCGCUUGAAACAGAGAAAGUUUUUCUGACAUGCUGCAAUAUUACGGUUUAUCGUCGGAACACUGCUUAG